AUGGUCCACCCGGCGAUAGCGGUCACAAACUGCUGGAUGUUUGGACAGCUCCGCUCUUCCCUGCUGGUGGUGCUGAAACUGAAAACCGGGCUGCGCUCUGACUGUACCCGCUCUGGCUGUUCCUCGGGCGGGGAGGGGCUCUCCAAAUCUCCACUCUCCUCUGGUGCUGAUGGAGCUGUUAACAAGCCGCGGUGCUGAAAGAAGGACACUUGCUAUAAUUAACACGAGAUAGAUAAACUGCCAGGCUCGUAGUCUCUAAGCUCCGUGUGAGCUCUACCGAACUCACCUGCCGUAUGCCGAUGGUAGCAACCCGAAACAACACGAUCUCUCUUUCUCUCUCUCUCUCGCUCUCUCUCUCCGUCUCUCACUCUCUCUGCCGGACCAAACCGUGGAGGAGGAGAGCGAAAUGAGUAUCGUCCUGUACUGUACGCCUUAGCUUUUUAUAACCGAUCUCUACUGUGGGCUGUCCCAUUUUGCCCCCCGUUGGAAUAAGAUACAGACAUACAUACACAACAAGUCAACAUGGUUGUGCCCAGAGCAGCGUUGUGUUUCAGAUGUGUUCCAUGUUCCCCAGCCCCAGUUCAUCUCCUGCUUUAUGAGCCUUAUGCUUCAGAUGAAUAUACAUGAUGUCUGCUGACUGGACAGAGCUCUCUUACUGGGACUAAAGCUUUGAGCAGGGUGAACAUACUGUGCAGAGUGGGUUAUCAUUUGUUCAUUGAGGAACAGCACACACACACACUUUGUAAAAGACAAUUGCUAUAUGCUCAGGGUAUUGUUAUGUGUGUGUGUGUGUGUGUGUGUGUGUGUGUGUGUGUGUGUGUGUGUGUGUGUGUGUGUGUCUGUCUCUGUCUGUCUGUCUGUCUGUCUGUCUGUCUGUCUGUCUGUCUGUCUGUCUGUCUGUCUGUCCUACCUCAGUGCAGUGGCCCUUAUCUCAUUCUCUCUCACCUGCUCUACCCUUUCACUAUCUCCUCUCUUUCUCUCUCUCCACUUUCACUGCUCUCCUAUUGAUUACACCUGAUCUCCCCUCCCACCCCCACACCCUGUAAUCUGAUCUAGCCCCUGAGCUGCAGUACUCUCUUUAGUAGUCACUGCAUGACACUACUCACAGACACAUAUAACACAAACCAAACACCCAUACAAACCAUAAAGUCAACAAACCAUACAGUCAUACACAGAAUGUCAACUCACUAGUCUUCCUAUUACAGUUUAUACUGCAGUCAUCACCUUUUAUCCAUCCUACUACAGUUAUCACCUUUUAUCCAUCCUACUGCAGUCAUCACCUUUUAUCUAUCCUACUGCAGUCAUCACCUUUUGGACUACAUACUGUAGAUAGGACUGUUCUCUUGUUUUGGAGUCUGGAACAGAGUGGGUGUGUUUUCUCCUCUCCUCUUUGCAGUGUGUUAUGGGAUGCGUGCCACCCUUUCCAGGAGGACUAUAGUGUUUCCUGUCUCUGUUUCCUGCCUGUCUCAGUAGUCUCACAUCACCACUAACCACAGCCAACACAUUACUGGCUCUGGGACUGAGAUGGGGAUUAUAUCUCAGAGGAGGAGAGGAAUGAGAGGAGGAAGAUAAAUAAGAACAGGAGGUGAAGGUAGAGGAGGUAGAUGAGGAGCAGGAGGUAGAUGAGGAGCAGGAGGUAGAUGAGAAGAGAUGGAAGAAGAGGACUGGUUCCCAACAUGAUGAUGUUCUUCCUCUCUACAGCACCAUACAUAUUGAAGCUUAGCUACCAUGUCCCUUUGAUCAGUGUGUGUCUACUGCCCUCUAGUGUGCUUUAUGUCAGUGUCAGAAGGCCCUGGGUUUCCUGUAGUCCAAGCCAGCAGUCCACAGAGAAUGGGGGUGACACUGUUCAUUAUGUGACAUUCAGUAUGGACGAGGUAUGGAGCAUGAGUCACUCAGUGACAGUCUGCAUACUGAAUGUGUACUGCUGUAUGUGUACUGCUGAAUGUGUACUGUUGAAUGUGUACUGCUGUAUGUGUACUGCUGAAUGUGUACUGCUGAAUGUGUACUGUUGUAUGUGUACUGCUGAAUGUGUACUGCUGAAUGUGUACUGUUGUAUGUGUACUGCUGAAUGUGUACUGCUGAAUGUGUACUGUUCAUUAUGAUUAUGGGGUUAUAGAGAUAAAUGUUUCAAAUGUUGCUCUGGGGUGCCACAGUACAUGUAAUACUAUAUAUGUAAUACUUUAUAUGUAUUGUGAUCAUGUUUUAUAUACUUAAUAACAUCUGUUUCCUGUUCCUUUUACUUGCCUGUCUCAGCAGUCAGUUUGUGUCCCAAAUGUCAUCCUAUUCUGCUCUGAGACUGGUAUGGUCGAACUCUGAGGGUUAGUCUCAAACGAUACCCUACUACAGCUCAUAAUAUAGUGCAUUGCAUUUUACCAGAUCACGUAGCACCAUGAUGUAGAGCACUGUCCUCUACCAGGAAGUUGCAAAAACUGUUGAAUUCUUUGAUAUAUGCUCCUGAGACCCAGCAAUUUAUGUCCUCUCUAGUGGACAUCAGUUAUUGGUCAGUAUCUCUGAGGCCAUACAAACCACUGUAUUAUGUGUGGAGGUGUGACCUUGACAACGUUAUCUUCCUGGUUCUUUAAAAAAAUGUCUACCAUCAAAGUUAGCACAUUUUAUGGACAUUUGAAAAGUGUUUGUAGUUAUUAAUUAUAUAUAUUUUUUCAAAUUGUUUCUAGUAAGUAAAAAUCUUAGGAAUAGUUAAGUGAGUUUUCUGGAAUGUGUAAUAUUUUCACCUUAAAUCAGAGCUUAUCAAGAAAUGUCCUCUGUAGUGGACAGCCUGAUGCCGCCACUAUGUUUUCCACCUACUCUACCCAUUGACUGUAAUGUAAAUGUUUUCGUAUUUAUGUCCUAAUGACCACUACAAAGGACGAUUUUGCACUUUUCUUGGUAAGAUGAUUUUUUCUUCUUCACAAAAGCACUUAUGUUAUGUAAAAUAAAAUAUUACAAAAAAACUAUUUUUUUCGGGUCUCAGCAGGAUAUGCAUGGACGUAUAAUUUCUCAUUUUCUAUAGACGUAAGUACCAGUAGGCACCACUUGAUAAUAGUCAGCACAUCAUAAAAAAACAAAAAAAUCAUGUAAAUAUGAUCUGAAAAAUGAUUGUAAGUGAUGUGUAUUUCCUAACAUGAAGAUGUACUUACCCCUCUACAGCACCACAGCCCAUCUGCCAGGGGCGGCAGGUAGCUUAGUGGUUAAGAGCAUUGUGCCAGUAACCGAAAGGUCGCUGGUUCUAAUCCCCAAGCCAACUAGGUGAAAAAUCUGUCGAUGUGCCCUUGAGCAAGGCACUUAACCCUAAUUGCUCCUGUAAGUCGCUCUGGAUAAGAGCGUCUGCUAAAUGACUAAAAUGUAAAUGUAAUGUCCCUUUGAUCAAUGUGUGUCUACUGCCCUCUAGUGUUAACUUGAAGUCAGUGCGAUAGUUCAGGAGUUUCACAUUCACUUUUGGAGACGAAAGUAAAGAUUAUGAUAACUACCCAAGAUAGAAAAGCAGUGUUGUUUACAUUGGGAGCCAAUAAAGCACAGUGGACAGAACAUGCAAGGUGGUGGGUAGAGCCAAGCACAAGAUAGCGAGAUCCUAUUGGCUAAUUUUAGGACGUAUUUGCAUUCCACUGGACUUCCUCUUAUCACCAUAUUUGGUGGUGAGUGGAAGCCCCCAGAUGCUUCAGAUUUCUACCCUGUGUGACCUAUCUGGGUUUCCCCUUUCAUCUGUGACCAUUCCUGCCUUGCAGGAUUUUCAGUUGAUCUUGGUUCCUUUCUCCCUUUAUGUUUACGUGGAUAAAUUGUCCCAAUCCAACAUUAACUUUUAAAUGUUACUCUCUCACUCCAGCCCAUACUUUAAACUAUAUUGUGAUAAAGUUGACAUACUUAAGAGAGUCUGUCUGUCUUUGAUCUCAGGGUAAAGAGGUCAUCAUGAUGACUGGGACAGGAUGUUGGUGUGUGACUCUCCUGCUUCUCCUGCACAGAGCAGACUCUGGUACAGUACCCUCACAUUCUGUCUUUGUGUGUGUGUGUGUGUAUAUGUGUGUGUGUAUAUGUGUGUGUGUAUGUGUGUGUAUGUGUGUGUGUAUAUGUGUGUGUGUGUGUGAUAGUGUACAUAAUCCUGACCAGCACUGGUAUAUGAUGAUCUACAUGAUAGUUGUUGUGACACAUCAGUACCUGAGUAUGACUUGCACCAACAUGUGUCUUUAGUGAGGUUUGUCAAAUCUGAAUGGUUGAUUCUCUCUCCAGAAAGUUUUGAGGUUCUUGGUCCGACUCGUGCCAUUGCUGCUGUGGCUGGUGAUGACAUCAUUCUGCCCUGUUACAUCAAACCCAACAUCAGCGCUGAGAACAUGAGAGUUGUCUGGUUCAGAUUCAACCUCCCAGUCCAUCAGUCAAAUACUCAAGUCCAUCUCUACCAAGACGGCAGAGACAAAUACCAUGAUCAGAUCCGCUCCUACGAAGGAAGGACAUCAUUGUUUAAAGAGGAGCUGAAGAAGGGCAACACCUCUUUGAAACUGACCAGGGUACAAGGCACUGACGAUGGACUUUACAAAUGUCUUGUUCAGUCUGAGACCCAUUAUGAUGAUGCCACCAUUCAAGUCCACAUAACAGGUUAAUUUAUUUUCCCAUAAAUAUAAUAGCCAUCCUCUGUUCCUUCAAGUACAUGAUUCUGUUUCCAAUCUCAGCAGUACUUCAUGUCCAGUCUCCCUUUGUGUCUGUAGCUAUAGGAUCCAAGCCAGAGCUUUCCAUUGAGGGACAGAAAGAAGGAGGGAUGGGUCUGCUGUGUGUAUCUAAAGGCUGGUUCCCAGAGCCUGAGUUGGAGUGGCUGGACAGUGAAGGGGUCACUCUGUCUGCUGGACCUUCAGAGACAGACAGGGACUAUAAGGGGUUCUACAUAGUCAAACUAAAGACCAUUGUAAAGGAGACUGACACCAACCACUUUACCUGCAGACUCAGACAGAGGCAACUCAGUGAGCCGAUCAACAUGGAGACAGAGUUUCACAUCCCUAGUGAGUUGCACAACAUCAUAUUAUUGUUUAGCUGAUAUGAAACACUUUUCAUGUUUUAUAUGCUUUUGUAUUACAAAGGCUGAGUAAUAAUGAAACAUAAAUAGGACAAUUGGAUACAAGUUUGUCGACAUUUUAAGAACACUAAAGUAUUCUAAUGUCAAAAUGAAAUGUUGGUUUUGUAGAUCCAGCUUUAUGCCUCCACCCCAAAUGAAUGGAAAACCAGGAAAUGAGAUGGUUCUCAAAUGUUCCAUUCAUUUGGCAUUGAGGCAUAUAGCUUGAUCAACACACCUGAUGUCAUGGGAUGUGGUUUCAUUUUGACAUUAGUCUGCAUUUGAGGUCUGUAAAAGUUUGACAAAUCAUUCUUUAUGAGUGAAAUAUCCCUUCAAUUUUAUUAUUUGGUAGCAGUGGUAAGCAUGUCACUGAUCUCAGUUGAUUUGUGUCUUGCAGGUGAGCUGUUCCUUGUUCAUACAGACACAUGGAGAGUGGCCUUUGCAGUGAUUGUCUCUCUGAGCAUUGUCCUUGUGGUCAUAUUAGCUUUCACCAUCUGGCACUGGAAUCGUUUGUCCAAUGACUACGGUAAUAGAAAACUAAUUAAAUAGUUUAUUUGACUGAAUGUAAAUGUUUUACAGUGCAGUUUCCAGAGUGGCAUACACAAGGAGUUGGGUACUAGAACCGAAAGCUU